AUGAAACAUCUUCUUGGAGAUUAUAUUACCCCAGAGCAGCAGGAGGUGUGGGAUGUGGACGGUCAGUCACAGGGUACCCUGGCAGUGGAAAUCUCCACUCACCAUCUUACUGCCAUGGAGCUGCCGGAUGAGAUGUGUGACGUGGACCCAGAGUCAGAUGACAUGCUGAUGUCUCAAAAUCCCACCACCUAUGGGAAUAUUCUGGAUCUCCAGCCUGAAGAGUGGGAUGUAGACUGCGAGGUCCAAGAGAUGCCCACUUUCCAUCUAUCUUGUCUAGAAUUCCUCACUGAACCAGAAGCACAGAGAUUUCUUGCCCUGUACACCUUGGGAAACCUGCUGGGGCGUGGAGGCUAUGGAUCAGUUUAUGAAGGUGUUCGUAAGAAGGAUGGACAACAGGUUGCAAUUAAAUAUGUUCCCAAGGAUCCCUCAGACGUGUACAUCACCAUUCCUGGCGAGUCCUGCAAGCUCCAUACAGAGGUGGCGUUAAUGCAAAUUGUAUCAAAGCCACCUCACUGCAAGAACGUUCUGCAACUUCUGGAUUGGUUUGACAUGCCCAACUACCUCCUGUUGGUGCUGGAAAGACCCAUCCACUGCAUGGACGUUUAUAAUUUGUGCAUGAGUCACAAAGGCAUACUGGAUGAACCACUGGGUAAAAUCAUCAUGCUGCAGGUGGUUGAGGCUGCCCGUCACUGCUACAGUCGCAGAGUUUUCCAUCGCGACAUCAAGGCAGAAAACCUUCUUUUCAACACCGACACCAUGGAUGUCAAACUAAUUGACUUUGGCUGCGGCGAUUUGUGGCAGGACACACCCUACGAGGAAUAUGCAGGAACUCCACAAUUCUGGCCUCCAGAAUGGAUUCAACAGGAUGCGUAUUAUGCCGACUCUGCGACAGUCUGGGGUCUUGGCAUACUCCUCUUUAGUCUUGUAUGUGGAGAAAUGCCCUUCCAAAAUGAAGAGGAAAUUGUUGAUGGGAGCCUCCAUUUCAAGCCUAGCUUGUCUCAAGCCUGUCACCAUCUGAUAAAGUGGUGCUUGGAACAGGACCCUACCAAACGGCCAAGCCUCACACAGAUCAGCGAACACGAGUGGUUCACAGACGUCCUUCAAGACCAGAUCAUCAAGCUACUUCACACCAGCAGGCGAUCUGAAUCUGGACAUUCUGCUCAAGCUUACAAAUACUACAGGACUAUCGCUAUGGCUGUAGCCACCUUCCUCAGGACUAUCAUAGCUAUCCUCAAGAGCUGUCUUAUCUGGGUGAAACAUCUUCUUGGAGAUUAUAUUACCCCAGAGCAGCAGGAGGUGUGGGAUGUGGACGGUCAGUCACAGGGUACCCUGGCAGUGGAAAUCUCCACUCACCAUCUUACUGCCAUGGAGCUGCUGGAUGAGAUGUGUGAUGUGGACCCAGAGUCAGAUGACAUGCUGAUGUCUCAAAAUCCCACCACCUAUGGGAAUAUUCUGGAUCUCCAGCCUGAAGAGUGGGAUGUAGACUGCGAGGUGAUAAACUAUUUUAAAUAA